AUGAUGAAAUUAGUUAAAGUUGAAUAUUGCAAUUGGUGUUUGUUUUCAAAAAAUGGGCUUUUCUUAUUAUAUGUUGUUGAUAAUAAAAUAUUUUUAAUGGAAAUUGAAAAUUUGAAUAUAAGCAAAAUUUAUGUAACUAGUUACAAAAUCGAUUAUAUAGAGCUCUCAAGUGAUAAUGUUCAUUUUUUAGUUUUAAUGAAAAAUAAAGGAUGUGUUCUUGUCUACUCAUUUUAUGAUGAUGAUAUUAUUUAUAAAAUUGAAGAUCAUUUCCAAAAGUACACACAUUCUUUUUUUAUUAACAAAUAUAGCUAUUUAUGUGUUUUAAAAUAUGAACAAAAAUAUAUAAGCAUAUAUGAUACACAUGAGGAAGAAAUGUGCUUACUAAAUAUUAAAGAUGCAAAAUUGAAAAAAAAAAGAUAUUGUUUAAAUGACGAUGAAACUAUAUUUGCAUGUAUAACUGAAAAUAAUAAGAAGAAUAAAAUUUGUUUGAUAUCACUUCCCAAUUGUACAUUUAUAAACACUAUACAGUGUAUCAAUUACGAGCCUAAUUGUGUUUUUUUUACAAAAAUGAAUAAUAUUAUAACUCAUAGUAAAAAAUAUAAAUUAGUCCAUAUGUAUAAAAUAGAUGGGGAGUUAUUAUAUGUCUAUAGCUAUUUAUCCCAAUUACCAUGUGUAAAUGUGUUAUUAGAAAAUAGGCAUAGAAAUGUUCUGUUACUUGGGAUGGAAAAUGAUGAAGUCAAAGCCUUAAGUCUCGAAAAUUUAAAAGAAAUAAAAAUUUUAUUAUUAGAGGAAACAAUUACCAUGGAUGAAAAGCUGAAAAUAUAUAAAGAAAAUAUCUCUAAAAAAAAUAUGCCAAAUUUUGUAUUAUCAAGGUGA